ACACAAUCAUUCAAAUACUGGAAAUUGGGAAAUACACAGAACAAUAUUUGCCAUUUGUGUGGACUUUGCUCAGUUGUCAGUUUGCGAAAUCUAAUUCAGUUUUGCUGCUGUCAUGGUUCUAAGAUGUACUUGGAUUUGGUGCUCUCUAUUUGCAGCCGUAACCUUGUGUGCAGCUGAAAAUGAGAGUCCCGUCAACUCGAACCAAAACUGCAGCUCUGACGUCAAAAGUCAGUUCAUUGAGCGUGUAUCGUCAGACCUCAAGAGGGUAGCAGAGUGCGACUGGAGUCCACAGCAGGCUGCGACACUGCUGCUGACGCUAAGAAACGUGACAGAGCUCCUGAACGACAGGCAGAAAGAAUGCCAUAUUGAAAAACCACCAUUGUGCCCAACACCUGAAGUGCCUGAAAAUGGAGGAUUGGGCUGUGUCACAGUGGGUAAAAGGUACUUCUGCAAACCCAUGUGCAAUCAUGGGUUUGAUUUUACGUUCUUGAGGAGAAGUCUUUUGUUCAAUGAAUGCAGUGAGCAGACGCACAACAGAUGGAACACCCAGUACAUAGGAGGGAACAAGCUGGCCGUUUGCCAAGAAUCAGCACUGCAGAUAUCGGGAAGAACUUCGGCAUAUUUUCCCGAAAAUCAAGACUGCCUGAUGACCAAAAGCCAACUGAAGGAAGCGUUCAUCAAAGGUCUUAUCACCGAGCUGCAAAGCCUAGGCAUACAGGGAAAACCAGGAACCGCCUGUCUCAUAUGUGGAUGACUCUGAUGUGCUUAAAAAGUCUGAGUGUUCUUUUGAAAUGAACUAUUCUAGGAAAAAGAUUCUCUUUAAAAGUUAAAUUGACUUUGGGGUUUAGUAUUUAAAGUGGAACCUGACCCUGAGUGGGGACUUUUAUGUCUGUGUGCAUGCACUUUCAUGCAUUUGAACAUGCAGACUGUACAAAAACUGAUAUUCUGAAAGCAUCAAUCAAUAAAUUGGCAGAAUGAACCAAUGAAA